AUGUAUUCCGCAACACGAACACACAGAGCUGAAACCAGAAAUAGAACCAAAGAUGAGCUCAGAAAAGUAAUACAUUCGAUUGAAAAAGUGCGUAAAUGGGAAAAGAAGUGGGUUCUCAUCAAGGAUACUUCUAUCAAAAUUCAAAAAUGGGUGCCAGUGACUGCCCAAAUGAGCAUAGCUCCUAAAGUUGUAAAGCCUCUAGCUGAAGAGGAAAACAGUAACACUACUCAAUCAGCCGAGGAUAAUUCACAAGACUCAACCAACCCAAUUGCUCCCCUAUUCGGAGCUAAUGAAGACUCAAACACUGGUUUCUCUGAGCCCGAUCAUACUACGUUUGACAGCGACUCCAAUCAAACAUUCGAACCCCAAGCGUAUCCUAAUGCUCAACACGGCUCAACGGAUUUCAGUGCUCUAAGAAAUUCGGAACUACAAAAAUAA